GUUCCAUGGCCAAACAAAUGGUACUUCUGCAUCUAAUGGACACUCCGAUCCGGAUGUGUACAAACAACUUCUUCAUCUAGAAAUAGUGUUGGAUUCUAUACUGAUGGAUCAAAAACAACAAGCUCUACAAAUUCAGAAAUCAGAACAACAGCAAAAGUUAUUAGAGGAAGAGAUUCAGACAAUGAAGCAGUGGAAUCAGACAGUGUUGAAUUCUAUAUUGUUGGAUCAAAAUCAACAAGCUCAGAGGUUUGAGCAACAUCAAAAGUUAUUAGAAGGAGAGAUCCAGACAGCCCAAAUGCAGAUAGAAAGUGAAAACAAAAUCUUAAAAGAAAGACUGGACAACUUGAAUACUUCAUCCACUUCAUCACAAGACGCUUGCCUGGAUGAAAAACUGAAUAAUCUGAAUUCAACAUCAACAUUUCUGCUUCAAGAAAAUAUAAUUUUGAAAGAUCAGCUUCAGAUUUUGAACUUUACUUCCAUGUUAAUACAACAAAAUUUGACCACAUCAGAAGACAUAAGAAGGCUGAAGAACAUCCUUACCUUUUAAAUUGAGCAGACUGUCAGAGACAGUGAACAGAAAAUCAUAAAGAACAUGUCUGUCACAAUCACCGACCUGGAACUCCGAGACCGAUAUUUAUCACUUUCUCUUCUGGACGUACACAACCACACAGCAGCAUUAUCAUCAUCCCUUUCCAGUUUGGAUGCACGGCAAAACCAAAUGAAGAGUGAAAUCCAAAUACUGAUAAAUUCGCAGCAAAAUGACAUCACCAAACUUAAUAAUACAAUUAUCAAUCUCAAAAAUCGUGUACAAUCCAAUGUAGCUUUUACAGCUGGGGCGAAUACUGGCCAUACAUAUGCAAGUGGAGACACAGUUAUAUUCCCAACAGCCAUAUACCAGGUGGGAGGAGGAUACAACCCUACAACAGGAGUGUUUACCGCCCCCAAAAGCUGGACUGUAUCUUAUAUUCUGUACCAAUGUGGCAAAUUACUAUAAAUCCUUCUGAACCCAAAUUAUUAUUAAUGGUCCACCUAAGGUUGGUGUCAUGGCUUAUCUUGAAGGAUAUGUAACUGUCUAUCAAUCAGCCUCCAACCUUGUUGUCCACCAGUUACAAAUGGGAGAUCGAGUCUGGAUAAAAUUGUAUUAUGGUAGUAGUGUUUACUCAAAGUUAGAAGAUACAACCUUUUCCGCCAUCAUGAUUAAUGGAUCAGACUAAAACUACCACAAUAUCUGUAACAUGAUUACAGUUCAUCAGUGCCAUUUAAGUAUUUUAUACCUUCUUGACACUUACUACUUUGAGAGAAAAAAAAGCAACUCAAAUCAGUAACAAUAAAACAUGAAAU